CGGGGCCCUCCGCGCGCGGCGGCGCGUAGUGACGUCACGCGGCAGCAUGGCGGGCAGUGGGCGCCGGCCCGAGCACCGCGGGCCGCCGGAGCUGUUCUACGAUGAGGCCGAGGCGCGGAAGUACACGCAGAACUCCCGAGUGGUGGAGAUCCAGUCGCAGAUGUCGGAGCGGGCUGUGGAGCUGCUGGGACUGCCUGAGGGCCGGCCGUGCCUCCUCCUGGACGUGGGCUGUGGCUCCGGGCUGAGUGGGGAUUACAUCUCGGACGAGGGUCACUACUGGAUUGGCAUGGACAUCAGCCCUGCCAUGCUGGAUGUGGCUGUGGAGAGGGAGGUGGAAGGAGACCUUCUCCUUGCAGAUGUGGGUCAUGGCAUUCCCUUCAGGCCUGGCAUGUUUGAUGGCUGUAUCAGUAUUUCCGCAGUGCAGUGGCUUUGUAAUGCUGAUAAGAAAUCACACAGUCCUUCAAAACGCCUUUAUCGAUUCUUCUCAACUCUUUAUACUGCCUUGGCCCGAGGAUCCCGAGCUGUCCUGCAGCUAUACCCUGAGAACUCAGAGCAGCUGGAGCUCAUCACAGCCCAAGCCAUGAGAGCUGGCUUUACUGGGGGAAUGGUGGUAGACUAUCCCAACAGCGCUAAAGCCAAGAAGUUCUUCCUUUGUCUCUUUGUUGGGGCAUCUGGCAUGUUACCGAAGGGCCUUGGUACUGAGUGUGCUGAUGGAGAAGAGAUACACCAGGCAAAGUUCACCAAUGAGAGGACGCGGUUCAGAAACACCAAGGGCAAGUCUGUGAAGAAAAGCCGGGACUGGAUCCUUGAGAAGAAGGAGCGUAGACGACGACAGGGCAAGGAAGUGCGAGCAGACACGAAAUACACAGGUCGAAAACGCCGCCCUCGCUUCUGAAUUGCUCUGGACACUGCUGGCGUGGAAGAUGGUGUGUUGGUCCCUCCAGUGAGCCUCCUGUGGAUGGCACAGAUGGGCAUCCCAGGCCUGGGAGAGGUCAUUGUGGCUCUUGCAGGUGUAAACUGCCUCGGGUGUUCCCCAACAGCCAACUGCAAAACUUAUAGCCCUGUUUUACUGGUGGAGUGGCAGACAGUGCUCUGGCCACUUGGUGUCUGCAAUGCCAUUGCUUAUCUUCCCGAGAGUGCAGCGAACCAUCUGGAGCUCCAGGUGAGCCAGAAUAUUAAAUCCAGCCUCCUCACUAAA